GAGUGAUUCAUUGGUGGGGAGGAAAGGAGAUCUCACCAUCAGCAUAGGAAGGGGUUCUUUACUGUAAGGGCAGUCAGUUUAUGGGAUUCCCAAGAGACCCUCUAAAAUCAAGGUUUUUUUGACAAUUACUAAUGAAAGAGAAAAUCAGAAAACCUCCAAGAGUCCAAAUGGCUAAAAAAGGUCCAAUAGGAUCAACACAGCUCCCAUUGACUUGUAUAGGACCUAGACUGCUUCUACAUGCCAACGUUUUGUAUUAGAGUUUUCUUAUGGUUUUUACAUUUUAUAAAUCUCAAUUUUUUUAGUUUUAUAGAAAUUGAAAAAAAUAAUUUUUACAGACCAAAAUGAAAUGAGAAUGUUAGUAAAUAAGCCCCUUAGUGUCAUCUGUUAUGUAGCCUGGGAAUCUGCUUGCCACCAUCUCCAACUAAUUUGCCAGGGUUCUGAUUCGUGAUGAGCAAAAUGUUUCGUCAUGAAAAAGACACUCCUAGACUUCUACAACUUGUAGCGUGUAAAGAAAAAAAAGUGUCGCCCAUAAGCUUCAAUGCAUUUGGCGACAAAGUUUCGCUAAUUUUCAGGACAGCGAAAUGGGUCAGAUUCGCCCAUCACUAGUUCUGACUGAUCCACCGAUUGAUAUGUGUGUGUUGUCAGACCCAUGCAACCAGCGAUGGACAACCCUCCACACCUGGACUACAACUCCUAGGAUUUUUCAACAUGUUAUCAAGGGUUAUAGAAAAAUGGGAGCUGUAGUCCAUCAACCAUAAAGAUCAAUUCCUAAAUCAUAACAGAACAAUAAAACUGUUCCCCUAGUCCUCCAAAAGCCCAGUAAAUGUCUGGGGUAGAAUCCUGCCUCUUCUUUAUACACUUGACUACCUCUUUAUAUGGUUAUUGCCAAACGCUCUGAGCCCCUAAAUAGCACUAUAUUUGCCAAAAAAUGAUCCAACAAUUACUGGGGUGCAGGAGAGUCAAGUGUAGCCCCUUUUGAACUAAUGGUUGCCUACAAAAUAUUUUCAUUAAUCCAGGUUGGUUUCUACUGACCUGAGAAGCUCUCUGAUAUAACAAUAAACAUAUUAUAGGUUCUUCUAUGAAUGUUUUGUAACAGUUCAAGUAGCAUCUAUAAAAGUAAUUCAAAAAACAACUGGACUUGUAUCAGUAAGUCAAAAAGUUUUUUUUUUAAUUACUUAUAUUAGACAUUCCAUGACCUGGAUGAAUGAAAAUCUUCACAAUUGUUUGUAUUUGUUGGCUCCAAGUGCAGGCCAUAUAUCUCACACUGGCUGAGGAUUAUCCUUGAAUCUUUAUCUUGGGGUUCCCGAAAUGGAAUAAAAUCUCAGUUGUAGCCAAUAAGGGCAACCAAUUUUAUUUGUUGUUCUAUCAGUGAAUGUGUGAUACAACCAUAGCAUUGAACUCCAUAAUGCACCUUGUUCAAUUGUUCAGCUGAGCCAACCCCACCACCCUAUUCAGGGCCACCAUCAGGGGGGCACUGGGGUUACAAUCGUCCUGGGCCUCAUGGCUUCUAUAUGUUAAGAAGGGCCCAGCCAUGCUGCAUUUCCUGAAUUAGCUGGGCCCCGUUGAGCUGCCGAAGUAGGAGAUGAGUUGCACCAAUGUAGGAGCCGAAGUAGGAACCAAAGCCACAGAAAGGAGGUGAGGAAGAAGACAGCUAAUUUCCACUGAACACCAAUUGUCUUCUUUUAUUUUAUUAAACCGUUGGGCACUCAUUUUUUUUCUUGUAGGGGGCCACACCACCAAUGUUUUUUUUUAACUUGUAGGGGGGCCAUGCCACCAACUUUUUUUUACUUGGGGGGCCCAGUGAAUGUUGCUGUAUGGGGCCCUGCAAAUUCUGAUGGUGACCCUGCCCCUAUUAUAUACAGUACAUGGUAUGGUCCAGGACAGUCCAUGUAGCACCUUAUUUCAUCUCCUUUUCAAUUGCAGAUGCGUUCCUGUUGAAAUAUACCACAUGUGGAAAUGGCCAACGAGUCUGGCACCAUCGAGUUUGUUCUAAUUGGUUUCCCAGGGGUCGAACAGAAAUAUCACAGUCUCAUCUCAAUGGCAUUUUUCAUUGUCUAUUUGAUGUCGCUGGUGGCUAAUGGUACCGUGGUGGUGUUAAUCAUUAUUAAAGUGCAUCUGCACCAACCAAUGUACAUCAUUGUCGCAAACCUGGCCCUUUCUGACCUUCUGUUUGACACCUUGACCUUGCCCAAAAUCAUUGGCAAAUACUGGUUUGGAGACGGCAAGAUGUCUUUCUCCGGAUGUUACUUCCAGAUGUCUCUUGUGCAUUUGUUGGGGUCGGCAGAUUCAUUUAUCAUCAUGCUGAUGGCGGGUGACCGUCUCGUUGCUAUCUGCCAGCCGCUGAGAUACUCAGCUCUAGUAACUCAGAAGGUCACGGUCAUUAUCUGCUUCUUCUCCUGGGUCUUGGCCACUGCGGUGUCGUCAGUCAGCACUUUCCUCAUUCUCGACGUUCCUUUUUGCGGUAGAUAUAAAAUUAACAGCUGUUUCUGCUCCAGGACGUUUAUAGUUCCUUUAAUAUGUUCUGAUUUGUCUACUUUCCGCAUAGUCAACCUGUGCAUCAGUCUCAUUGUCCUUCUGGUUCCAUUGUCGUUUAUUAUAUUGUCCUACAUCUCGAUAAUUGUGAUCAUCAAUUCAUCCAUACACUCAGAAAACUGGCAGAAGCUGUUUUACACCUGUACAACCCACCUGUUGGUCAUCUGUAUGUAUUACAUCCCCAGGUUGUUCCUCUACGUGGCCAGUUAUAUCCGUUUGAUUAAGAGCCCUGAUGUCGAUGUUCUGAUCCUUUGUUUGUACACGUUCCUGCCCCAUGUCGCCAGCCCUGUCAUAUACUGUCUCAGGAACAGGGAGAUCAAAGUCACUCUUAGGGACAUGUAUACAAGGAAAGUUGGAUUUAGACUGUAAAUGGCAAUACAGCUGCUAUUCUUAAAAAAAUUAUAUAUAUACAGUAUAGCUUCGAAUUAUGGA